AACAUCGGCAUCCGCAUCCGCAUCCGGCCAUCUCUCGACAUCUCGGUCGGCUCGUGUCGUUGUUUUGUGCAAACCGACUCUAUCGAUUGCCAGCGAGUCUUCACUCGUUCUUCGCGCUCUUUCCUCUCUUCGCCUCCACUACGCACCUGGACAUUCGCGCAGGGCGCCAAGGCAGCAACUGCCCAAGUCGCAAACGCGAACGAGCUCGACGGACUGCCACAGCAUGAUUUGAGAAGGCAACUCGAACCUCACGACCACCUCUCCUAGCAGACACAACGCGUUGACAUGGCUGCCUCUCGCCAAUACGGUGUCACACCUCCCGUGUCGACGGCCUUUCCUAGCGACCAAGAUCUUGCACUCAGUGAAAGUCUUCUCGCCGAACUCAAGGAACAGAAGAGCUUCGAAUCCACCGAAGACACCAACAAGCGAGUCGCCGUGCUCAACACGUUCCAGAAAGUCACCAUCGAGUUUGUCAAGCACGUCGGCAGGAUCAAGGGCUUCUCCGACAGCGUCUUGCAGAACGCAGGCGGCAAGGUCUUUACCUUUGGCAGUUACCGUCUCGGUGUCUACAGUCCAGGCUCCGAUAUCGACACGCUCGUUGUCGCGCCCAAGCAUGUCUCCCGCCAGGACUUCUUCGAAUACUACCGUGGCAUCCUAGAGUCCAUGUCGCCGCCUGGCUCCAUUGAAAAGUGCACCAUGGUCCCCGAAUCUCACGUCCCUAUCAUGAAGCUCGUCUACCAAAACAUCGAGAUCGAUCUCAUUUUCGCCCGCCUGCAGCUCAAUUCCAUCCCCCCGAACCUUGACUUGGAAGACAACAGCUUGCUCCGCGGUCUGGACGACGCCGACUUGCGUAGCGUCAACGGAACCAGAGUCACCGACGACGUCCUGCGUCUCGUGCCUCAUGAGAAGACUUUCCGUCACGCCCUUCGUUGCAUCAAGCUCUGGGCCCAGCGCCGCGCCAUCUACGGCAACAUCGUCGGCUUCCCUGGAGGAAUCGCCUAUGCCAUCAUGGUUGCUCGCAUCGCCCAGCUGUAUCCCAAUGGCUCCGGCUCGCUGCUUGUUGCUCGCUUCUUUCAGCUGUUCAGAGAGUGGAAAUGGCCCAUGCCCGUCAUGCUCAAGAACAUCGAGUCUGGCCCCCUGGGCAACAUGGUCAAGAUUUGGAAUCCGAAGAUCUACUCUGUCGACGAACGUCAUCUCAUGCCCCUCAUCACCCCGGCCUACCCUUCCAUGUGCGCCACUCACAAUAUCACAAAGUCUACCCUAAACGUCAUCACUGCCGAGCUUCGACGCGGACACCGACUUUGCGAGGAAAUCUUCAUUGAGAAAUCCGGCAAGACCUGGAAACAUCUUUUCGAGGGUCACAGCUUCUUCACAAAAGACUUCAAGUACUAUCUCAGCGUUGUGUCGGGCAGUCUCAAUGAAGAAGCUCAAGGCGAUUGGAAGGGUUUGGUUCAAUCAAAGGUCAGAAGACUGAUCGGAAGCAUCGAGCAGUCUCAGCCCAAUGUCUCCUACGCACGUCCCUUUACCAAGGGCUAUGAGCGCAUGCACCGCGUCAAGAACGAUGAAGAAAAGGAUCAGGUCAUGCAAGGUAGUACAAAGUAUCAGGUCUCCAAGACCGAGACUGUUGAAGAAGCACAAAACGUCAAGCAGCUGUCUGCUGAGCAGACCUCCGCCGACAACAUCGACGAUGCUGUGGCCAAGAACGACAAGCCAGAUGAGAAAGAGAACGGUAUGACUAACAUCUGGACUACGACCUACUAUGUAGGGAUUGAACUGGUUCCAGGAGCAACUUCUCUGGACAUAUCUCAUCCCGUACAAGACUUUAGGCACCAAUGUACGCAAGCUACACAAUACAACGAGGACGUCAACUCGAUCCGCGUCAUUGUUGUCAAGAGCUACGAUCUGCCCGAUGACGUCUUCAAGCCUGGCGAGCAACGUCCCGUCAAGGCGAAGAAGGCAAAGGCCGCCAAAGCUAAUGGCACCAAGAAGCGAAAUGCUGGCGAAGCAAACCUGGACGAAAACGGCGAUGCACAAAAUGCAUCUAAGCGCAGACAAUCUGGCGUCACCAAUGGCCAGGGUGCUUCGAAUGGCGUCAAGGCUUGAUCGCUCAUUACGGUACGGCGAGACCCAAUUCACAUUGCUCUUAGGCAGUCAAAUCGCUCUGGCAUGCACAAGAAUGCAAGUCGGGUUUGCCCAAGCAUCUUUCUUGCAGCCCUGCUGCCACUCUAACAAUAAAAGGAGAAGAAAAAUGACAACAUCAAAAAGGGCCCUUGUGGCAA